AUGAUCUCUAGAACUACCAUUAGAAAUGGUAUUUUGCCAUUAGUUAGAUACAAUUCUAGUGCAACUCCUUCUGGUUCCAGUAGUAGUUCAAAUCCAAUCUUCUUAAGUGAAUUAUUAAAGAGAAUAGAUACAGUUACUUCUAAUAUUAAACAAAAGAAUGAUGAAGUAAAAUCAAAACCAAAGUCUUCAGGUCCAUGCCAAAAGAGAUCAAAGGCUGGAAAUAAUAAUAAUAAUGAAUUCAGAACUUCAACUCCACGUAAUAACAAUAACAACAAUAAUAACAAUAACAAUUCUAAUAAUAAUCAAUUUGCUAGAGGUGCAAAUCAUCCCUUCAGAGUCAAUAAUAAUUAUAGACCAAGAGAACCAAGAGAACCAAGAGAUCCAAGAGAUCCAAAUCAACCCCAACAAAACAGAUCUAACUACUAUCAAAACAAUAACAACAAUACCAACAGCAGUAAUAAUACCUUUGAAAAUAGAGAUUCAAGACCACAAAGAAAUUUCAGAAGAUCAGAUGCUCAACCUAGAGAUCAUACUAGAGAAAGACCUGGAACAACUGGUCAAGCUCCAAGAAGAGAUGCUACAAAGAGACCAGCUCGUGCUUCAAAAGUCAAUGGACGUGAAGUGGUUAAAAAACCAGCAGUCGCUCCUCCAAUCGCUCCAAAGACCUUACCAAAACCUCAAGCAUUAAACCCGGCCGUUACAGCUGAUACUUUCUUACAUGGUAAAGUAACAAGUGUAAAUCAUACUUUAAAUUCAAGAUUAGUAUCAUUGACUAAAGAAACUUUAAUUAAAUCAAAAUAUCCAUAUCUUGUCCCAUCAGAAAUCUUAUCUAAAUUGAGUUCAGAAUCAAAAAAGAAUAAAUUCAUAGUUCAAAAGAAUUGGAAUUUAAAAGUAAAUCAAAAUCAAUUCAAACAUAGAUUUUCGGAAUUAGUUAAAGGUGACGUCAAGCCAUUACAAUUGGCUGAAUCAAAUAAAGAUAAUCAAUUAGUAAAUGAAUUAUCUGCCUCUGCAUUAUCUAAGAAUCCAACUUUAACUCAUGAAAAGAAACAAUUGCUUUAUGAUGUUAUUAAUGGAGUUAAAUCAGUUAAAGAUUUAAUCACUAACGCUGCUUGGAAUAAAAAAUAA